CCAUUCGAUGUACCAAUUACGACCACGUUUUCCCGCAUUAUCAUCACUCAAGCGUCUAUCUAAACCUUCACUACCGGCUUCUUCUUUAUUGCUCUACUCAAAUUCGGCACCUCAUAAUCCUCACCCCGCAAAAUACAACCCCAGUUUCAACAUUCGAGCUUAUUCCAAGUUCAGUAUGGGUAGCACUCAGGACAUGACCCCGGGAAAGCCGGUCCUAUUCUUCGAUAUUGACAACUGCCUCUACCCGAGAAUGCGCACAGGCUCCAAGGUCCAUGACCUGAUGGCUGAUCUCAUUGACGAGUACUUCUCAAAACAUCUGGAGCUUCCUUGGGACGAAGCGGUCAAACUACACAAGGAGUAUUAUACCAGCUAUGGCCUGGCCAUAGAAGGACUCGUGCGACACCAUCAGAUUGACCCGCUCGACUAUAACGCGAAAGUGGAUGACGCUCUGCCCCUCGAAGGCAUCAUCAAGCCCAAUCCUGAGCUGCGUGAGCUCCUUGAGGACAUCGACAAGUCCAAGGUUAUCGUGUGGCUUUUCACAAACGCCUAUGUAAACCAUGGAAAGCGAGUGGUCCGCCUCUUGGGCAUCGAGGACAUCUUUGACGGCCUUACUUACUGUAACUAUGCGGAGCAGCCCAUGCUCUGCAAGCCUGACCCCCGCAUGUAUGAGAAGGCCAUGCGCGAAGCGGGUAUCGAACGAGUGGAGGAUUGUUACUUUGUUGAUGACUCCGGCUUGAACUGUGCAAAGGCAAAGGAAUUCGGCUGGACUGCAGCCCAUCUUGUCGAGGAAGGAGUGCCUGCUCCCAAGACUCCAGUUUCGCAAUACCAGAUCCAGCACCUACGAGAACUGCGCAACAUCUACCCCCAGUUCUUCAAGUCUACAUCCAACUAG